AUGCCAGAAGUGAUAGACCUUCUGUCAGACUCCGAUGAUUGUUCUUCGCUAGAGAAGCGUGCAAGCCUACAGCGCAAGGAAGGGCAGCCUGGUCCACGCCGUUGCCACGGUGCGAGUGGUGCCAAAGCAUCCGCAGGUGGUGGCCCCAAACUCUUGUACGGACGUGCUGAGCGCCGUCCAUCGGCUGGCCAUGUAUCAAGAGCGAGUGUCUCUCAUCCUGGUGGGCAACCCGAACAAUACAUGCCAGCCAGAGAAACCUGGAGAGACUGGCGGGAGAUUGUACCUCAACAGCUUCCUAGUGCAGCGCGAGCAAAUAUCAACCACCCCAGGGCUACAAAGGACAAAGCGUCCCAAGCGCCAUAUGUGUCGCCUGCACCAGCGGAGGCGGCCAGGUCGAAGCGCAUUGAUAAUUACCAAAGCUUUCGGACCGACGGAGCCGCACAACAAGGACGGAGCGACACUUCAAACGGUGUCACCAAGCAUAACCUCGACAAACCACGGUCAAAGCCUUUAUAUGACAGUCUGGUCGAUUACGACGUCCCAAGCCAUGGACUUCCUCUGCCGGUCACAAUGCCUUUGCCGCAGGCGCGGGAUGUUUCACAAUCUCACGUACUACAGCGCAUCGGUCUUCGAGCGUCUAUGCUAUCUAUGCUGGAUGCAAACACGCCAACGCAACUGGAUCUAGCAGGGCAGGCGCCUCCAUCUAAGCGCCGACGAACGGGAAUGCCUGAUGCUGAGGCCGGAGAUGGAGCCAGAGGAUCUCAUGCCACGGGAUUGGGAGGAGAGAACAUUGCCAGCUUGAAAUCUGAGUUGUCCCAAAGGUCUCCAUCAGGAUCGUCCUUUACUCCACGGACACCGUGUGGAAUACCGACCCAAGCCGGGAGAUUAGAAAGUAAUGCUCCUGCACCUCCGACCUGCCUUGUGAACACACCUGCGUUCCCAACCAAACGAGUUUCGACCACAAUACUCGGACCUAGAGUGCGAUAUACCAGCAAUGAGUCCACUCUCCUUGCGAGACUGAAGGAAGUUGAGAAUCUCAGCUGGGACCAGAUCACAUCGCACUUUCCGAAUCGAACGAGAGAGUCUCUGCAAGUUCACUAUAGUACCAAAGUGAAAGGCCGUCACACCAUGCUUGCAGUCCUGGACACUACCCCUGCCAAGCCGCCAGGUGCCUCGCUUAUUGUGAGAUUGAAACCUGCAGCCGCACGAAGACAAGAUGUCAGCCGACCAACCCGUAGGCGUGGGAAACGCAGCAAUGGUCCUUCUGUGCUGGAUGGCUUCGUCUCAUGGAGCCAGAUCAGUCAGAGCCUCUUGGACGAAGCUAAGUCGGCUGAAAGCGAGUCGGAUGCUCCGCAGGAGCGGCACAAUGAUGGACUGUUUCCUAACCAGGGACGUGCUUUCCAAAGUCCCGUGUCUAGCAUCCUACGCAGACGCGAACUUGGUGGUGUAGGAAGAAGGGGAUGGAUGUCGGUGCGGAAGGGCGUUCCCAACGAGCUUCGGGAACAUGCGCUCUCUGGAUACACGCUUCGAAAGCAUUUUCUACCAAUGUCUGGCGACGUAUGCUGCCUUGACUGGGCCAACGAUGGCAUUCGUUUCGCCGCAGGCUCAAUAGCCAUUAGUGAUUAUCGCAGUAUGCAGUAUAACUCAAACUGCAAUCUUCUACAAGGCGACUGCAAGCGAGGGUCACUGUAUGAGUUGCCAGAACACCACGUGUCUCGUCCAACCAUCUCUGACGAGAACAAUGUCAACGCGCUACACUCGAUGCGUGAGUCGCAAGACGAUCGCUUGUUCAAGACUGUGGCGGCGCUCGGCUUCUCUCCCGACGGAACGCUACUGUACACUGCAGGUGAAGACAGAUAUAUGCGCGUAUACGUCGGCGACGACCAUGGGAAGGCGGAAUGCCGCAAUACAUUCGAACAUGCGGCGGCCGUUGACUUGCUUCAGGUCAGUGCACAAGGGCUUGUCGCCACUGCUUGCCACAGCAGCGCUGAUGGCAGCGUCGGCAUCUACAAGAGCAAGAAUGGUAGAACUGAACUUGGGCUUACGCUGUCCGUUCCUCGUGCAGAUACGCAGCCAGGCCUGCCGACCUUCCCGUCUGCUAUCAAAUGGGGUGUCUCUCAGCGACAUCAGAGCCUUUUACUUGCUGGCUUUGCUAGCGAUAGCCAAGAAGAAGAGCGCAACGCCACUGGAGAGACUGUCCUUUGGAGUGUCGAGACGGGCCAGCGCAUUGACCUGGGCAAUGUCACGCGCAACGUCUUCGACGUUGCUUGGAACCCAAUUGCAAGCUCUGCGAGUAUCGCUUUCUGUGUGGCUGGCAUUCCCAGCUUGGGCAAAUCCCGCAAGUCAAGACGGAGCGUUAUUCAGUGCUAUGCUCCUGGACAAGCUAUACGGCAAGUCCUUGAGUGGGACUGUCCGGCCUUCGACAUUAACGACGUUGUCUUCUGCCCUUACGAUGACAAUCUCAUCGCUGUUGGAGCGACAGACGGCAGGGUCUACAUAUGGGACCAGCGCUUUGCGAGCCGCAACCAGAAGCCAUUGCACACUCUAUGCCAUGACGAGUCACUCAACGUGCUGGACCAUGACCGAGAUCGUGAGCAUAUCGACACCGGUGUCCGCUUCCUAUCGUGGGGCGCUACAAGCUCACGCUUGUUCUCAGCAUCGUCCGACGGAGUUGUCAAGUCAUGGAACCCAUACAUGGCUACCAGCAACGCUCAUGUGGGGGAUGUGGCAUCCUUUCGGACUGCAAUCAUGUCAGGCGCCUUUAGCCCGGACCUUACAGACUUACUCAUAGGCGAAGAAUGUGGACGCAUAAACCUCCUCAGCAUUGACAAUAUCGACGAAGAUGGUACGGUCCUUCCUUCACGAACCUUCAAGUUGAUUUCAGCGCCAGUUGGAAAGAAGGCUGAGCCGCCUUUCAGCGCCGCGCACGAGCUUCUCCGCACCGGUCAAAUCGAGCUUCAAUCCAUGGGCGCUUUGCCAAUUAGGCAGGCCGUACAAGGUCCGGCAUACAGCGGGCCUUAUCUGAAGCCUUCAGCUCAGGAGUGGACUGCAGCGCAACAGGCGUACCAACGUGCACUUGAUAAGCUUUCCCACCGGGAGCAAGACUUCUUAGCUGGCCUGACAACCGAUGUCGUGCCAAGCUCACAGGCGGACGGCGAGAUUCGCGCAGCCGAGAACGGCGUGCAAAGUGCCCGAGCUGCUGUAGAGCGACUGCAGAGCAGACAUGACGCAUUCAUCGAACUGGAAUCGAGCGCAAAGUCAACGCAGCAAGCAUUCCAUGUCGAGCAGAAGCAACGUUUACGCCUUGAUGCAUCAAUUGGAGCAUGCAACCUUGAUUGCGGUUUCUUGCCGCGGUUUGUCGAUCUGGAGAUUGGAGUGCCUGACUCCCAUCGAUCGGAGCAGCGCAUACCGGGUUCGCUUCGCGCGCUACCUCUGCUACCAGUCGAUGUCGCAGAUUACGACUGCAAGCAGCUAUUCGAGGCUGGGCUGGCAGGGUGCUGUCCAUACUGCCCGGAAAAAGCCCAAAUCCCACGGCUUGCGCCAUUGCUCGACGUGCGGUGCCGACAGCGAUGUAUGGCCAUUCGAGCGUCACUGACAGGGAUCUGCGAGAUAUGCAACGCUCCUGUGCGGGUUGAGGUCGACGAUGAGGGGCAGAUCUCAACAGACCGUUGCACGACCAGGCUUUGUGAGCGGUGUAACUUCCCCUGCUUCCGCUGCUCACGGCCUGUUCAAUUGGUCGUAGGCGUCAUGCGAAACGACUAUAGCAUCUUCUGCAGCGCUUGUGACAUGAAUUGGGCAGUGGGUAUACUUGGAUACGAGCCUAUUGUUGACGAAGCAAAGCGAGAAAGUCGGAAAGAGAAGCACACGACGAGGCGCAGGCUAUCGGCAGAGGACAGUGAAAUGAUGCGCCUUCAUGCGCGUUGGCAUACAAACCACGCUGCCAGGUGA